UGUCAUCGCACACACAUGCAUACAAGCACAAAACAGAACAGAUGAAAAUCUGGAAAUUUUAUUUAAUUUGUUAAAAACCAAGUAGUUGGUGAGAUUUGAAGCAAGUUUCAGAAACGACAAACGAAACAGAGCGAGCGGCAAGACUCGAAAGUUAGCUGCAAAUUGUGAAAUCAUCGCCAAGUGGGUGAAAGGAGCCCCUAUUGACGGACAAAGAAGAACACAAAAACACAGGGCUCCCAUAAUUUCUCGAUUCCAUUCCAAGUUAGUGAAAAACGCAAAUCAAUUCGUUGUCUGAGGAAGAGCAAUCGAAAAUAGUCGGAGUGGGUCAAAAGCGCCACACUUAGUGGGGGAAAGUGUUGCUGAGCCAAGCAUUUGCAUUUCUUUCAUUUUUUUUCCCCUUAAAUAACAAUAACAACAAGGGCUGCUGCAGCAACAAACACAACAACACAACCACCUUAACAAGAGAAAUACCAUCGGAGGCAGCAGCGCCACCAUGACAAUCAAGCCAGUAAGCGCACCACCCAGCGCCAAGCGUGUCCCAGCCAAUGUCGAUCCCGACAACAAGGAGGCCCAGGUAUCCACUGUAGAGCAGUCGGUGGUCAGUCAGACGCACCGCAACGUCGUCAUCGAUGGUCACGGACAGAGCCCCCAGAGGCGUGGCGAAGUCUAUGACGAGCUGGCACGCACCCAUCGCUGCAGUCCCCACAAGAGCACCCGUUCGAAGCGUCGCGACCACCACGACAGUCAUGCUCACCACCACAAGCGCGAUCGUCUGGACCGAGAGAAACUGAACCAUACCGCCGGUGGAGUUGGUAGCGGUGUACCGGGAGUGGCUGGCAGCAAGUGCAAUAGCCCGCCCCUGGCCUCUACUUCGGGCAGCAGCAGUCCGUCGGCGGUGGGACGCAAUUCCCCAGAGCAUCUGUCUGUUCCCAAGGCCCAGAGUCAAAUGUCGCCAGCGGUGGCAGCUGCUAAUCUGUUGAAGUCCGUGGAGGAGACCUUCUCGGGCUAUAACAGUGGCGAUGAGCAUCUGCAGCCCAAGGAGCGUACGAUUCCGGCCGAGGAGUGGCAGCGUCGCGACUUGGAGUUCGCCAAGUGCAUGGAGAAGCGCGGCUACGAGCUGAAGCCGGUCGAAGAAGAUGGUGCCUGUCUGUUUCGGUCCAUUUCUUUGCAAAUUUAUGGAGAUGAGGAGAUGCAUGAUGUGAUUCGUCAACACACCAUGGACUACAUUCAUGAGAACCGCGAAUACUUUGGACAAUUCGUGACCGAGGACAUCAAUAGCUACAUCCAGCGCAAGCGUGCUCGCGAUGCCCAUGGCAACCACAUCGAAAUACAGGCCAUCUCCGAGAUUUACAGUCGUACUGUUGAAGUUUAUUGCUAUCAGUCAAAUCCAAUAAAUAUUUUCAACUCGGAGCAGUCACAGGCUGGCUAUCCACCCUUGCGUUUAUCCUAUCAACGUGGCUCUCACUACAAUGCUAUCUUGGAUCCAUACAAUGCCACCGUUGGUGUAGGUCUCGGCUUGGCUGGUUACAAGCCCGAGUUUCAGACCAAGGAGGCAGUGCGUCUCAGCGAGCAGCUGGAGAUCGAACAGACCAUGUUUGAGGACAAGCUAAAGACAACAGACUGGGAGGCCACCAACGAAGCCAUCGAGGAGCAGAUUGCUCGCGAGUCCUACCUGCAAUGGUGCCGCGACAACAUGCAACGUUCGCGCAGCAACAACACGGCCGCCGGCUCGGCCACCUCCUCGACCGUGACCUCAGCCGAGGCACUCACCGACUCCGAUGCCUCGCCCUCGAAGUAUUCCGCGUGUGGCGCCGUCUCGGGCAGCAGUGGCAAUUCGGCUGCCACUUUACCAAGUGCCAGUGGUGGGGAUGGCCCGACAGCCUCAUUUUCUUUGUCGCCGAAGACGCUGAGCCAGUUCGCCCACAAACUUCCGGCGGAGGUCAAUGCUGGCUACGAAAGCGAUGCCACUGAUAUGAGCAGCACCAGUUCGGUGGGCCACUGCGGAGGCAGUUCGUCGCCUAGCCAGCGUUCGGCUAAGACUUCCAAGUCCCAGCGUCGUACCACGGCCUUGCGAAAGAAGCGUCGCCACGAGACCCGCGAGCUGCCAGUGACUGGACAGAACAGUGGCGAUGCUCAUGAAUCUCCACUUCGUAAGAGCCCGAAGCGUGAUACUGUACCCGCAGCAACCCGUGCCGAGACCCCGGAGGCCGAGCAGCGCCCCUGCACCUCGAAGCAGUCUUCCAACUCGCCCCAAAAGCCUGAGGAUGCCCAGUCGACCAGCAAACCAAACUAUUCCAGCUUCUACCAAGAGCUGCUCGAGGCUUCCUAUGCUAACGAUGGUGUUAAUGAGAGCGAAAUGCUGCAGCAGGCUAUCCAAAUGUCCACUCGCGACUUCAUGGAGGAUCAGAAGCGGAAGUAUUAUUGCGGACCGUAAACUGGCGGUGAUCGGGGCGCAACUUUCCCAACAGUGUACAGUGAUUAGGAGGUUCUUUUCGCAACGAAAACGAAACACAAAACUUACCAAAAAAAAAAACAAAAAACUAAAAAAGAAAAAAACAACGCAAAAAUUACAUAAGAUCUUGAAUGUUAAAAGUGGAAAAUGGCCACGUGAAGCGUUUAGAGAGAACUUGGUCUUUAAUCCGAUCGUGGAUCAAUACCCGUCUGCUUUGCAAAUACACAUUUACACUCUCACAUACUAUUCUAUACAUUUAUGUAUAUAUAUAAAAACUAAUUAUAAAAAUAUAUUUUAUAAUUAGGACUCGUCGUUGUAUAAUUAUGACCUGCAUUGAAGAAUCUUAAGACAGUGAAUGGUCUGAUUUUUGAUUUUUGAUUUUCUGAUUUUUGAUUUCUGAUUUGUAUGUGUAUAGAAGCACAAAUUUUUGAUAAGCCUAAAAAAAAAGCCACGUUCCUUCUUUCCCCUCCACAAUCCCCCCCACCCCCCAUAUAAAAUUAAUUCUAUUUUUAAAUACAUCCUUUAUGUUAAGCUUAGUUAUUGUACGCUAUGGGCAGUAAUUGAAACCAAUGGCUCGUACACAAAGAAUCGAUAUAAAAAA